UUCAUGCUCUGCUUAAUUUUCUAUAAAAUGGCAAAAAUCCAUUGAAAAAUAUCAUUUAGUGUUUUUUCUUCGAAGUGAACGGAACUCUAAAAAAUGGCACGAGCAAAAUCUGAAUUUAAGCAGCAGAAAAAUAUUCCAAUCAAAAAUAAAAAAAUAAAAAAAAAUAAAAUAGUGAAACCACAAAAAAUAAAAAGCAAUCCCAAGAAAUUUGUGAGACUUGCUAAUGAAUCAAUGCAGUCACAAGUGAAAGCAGCAGCAGGGAAUCAAGAAAAGAAAUCGCUUUGCGUCAAGCGCAAACAACAAGAUGUGGACAACGGGGUGAAGAAGUUUAAGAAUAACAAGGAUCAAGCAAUAAUUCGAGUGCAUAAUUCUAAUAACAAUAUUCAGAAAGAGAUAAAAGAUUCUUCAUUGAAACUCAUAAAAAGCAGCGGUUUAUUGAAACAAGACAAUCUUAAGAUACAAUCUCUAGCUGCCAAGAAGAAGUCAGUUGUGAAGAUGGCAAAAGUCGAGACGUCAGAGCAGAAUACCGAUAUAAAGAAAAUUGAUAUUAAAUCGUCACAUUGCUCUGAAAGUAUUGAGAAAAUUCCUUCAGCGCAGCAAGUAACGGGAUGUCGGAAAGGAAAAAAUGAAAUAUUAAAACAGAAGUUGGAAAACACUAAGCAAGAGCCAACUCAACCAAAUCCAAGUAAACAAAAGACGGUCGCUGGCAGCAGCAAAGAUAAUUUUACACAACUGGAUAACGCGGAAAAGAUUCUCUUAGUACAGAAUGUUCGAUCUCGUCGUCGUAAGAAACAAGCUAUGUCCCAGAUAGUUACUCAACUGUCUACAGUCAAGCACGGAUUUCCAAAUAACAAAAAUAGUUCAGAAGAGGUGGAAAACAUGAAGCCAACUCAACCUCAACCGAAAUUGAAGGAGAAAUCGGUCCAAAAAGCAAAAAAUGUAAAAGAGAUCGUUGUCGACCCGAUAUCAGACACUUAUUUAUUCGGAUCGCUUAAAGUAAAGCAAGGCGGAAUCCACAAGAAGGAUAAGCUAGAUGAUUGCUUGGAAAAUUUGAAAAAACAAAAGUAUCUAAGCAUUGUGCAACAGCCAAUCCAGCAAACAACUAAUUCUCUAAAGAAGAAAUCUGACACAUCGCUACACGCAAAUCAACAGCAGAAUGAACAGUUCAAUUGUGAAAAGAUUCCGAAAGAAAAUGGAGAUAUGGAGAAUUCAAAAAGAUCCAAGCCACAAAACCUUGCUCAGGAGCCAAUUAAACCGGAGGCAAUUGAAAAAUCUCAAUCUGGGUUAUUCCCGAAGAUUUCUCCUGUUAAGAAAGUGAAAAUUGGAAAACAGGAUAAAAAAACUAACUUCGAGAAAAAAUCUAAGGAAAAGCAGGUCAAUUUCAGUGAAAAGUUUAAAAGCAUUUCACAGAAUCAAAUGGUUAAUAAUGUCGGACAAAAGAAAACUGAAGAAGAUAAGCAGAACAUUUUGAAAGAAAUUCAAGAUAACCUCGAAAAGAAAUCCAGAGGAUCCAACCCAGAAAGUAUUGCCCAGAAAUCAAUCAAAGAGAAGGACUCCGAUAGUUCGCAAUCUGGGUUAAAGAAAAAAAAGAAGCAUGACAAAUGCGAAAUGAUUUCAAAAGGAUCCAAGCCAGAAAACAAAGCUUUGAAGUCAAUCAAAAGGAAGAAGGCAGAGUCAUCGCAGACUGGGUUAAUCGAAGAGAUUGUUACAGUAAAGCAAGUUCAAUUUCAGAAACAGGAUCAUGAUAGUUGUGAGAAGAAAUCUGAAGACAAGCAGGUCAACUUCAGUAAAGAGCUUAAAAGCAUUUCACAGAAGCAAAUGAUUAAUAUUGCCGAACAGAAGAAAACUGAAGAAGAUAAACAGAACAUUUUGAAAGAAAUUCAAGAUAACCUCGAAAAGAAAUCCAGAGGAUCCAACCCAGAAAGUAUUGCCCAGAAAUCAAUCAAAGAGAAGGACUCCGAUAGUUCGCAAUCUGGGUUAAAGAAAAAAAAGAAGCAUGACAAAUGCGAAAUGAUUUCAAAAGGAUCCAAGCCAGAAAACAAAGCUUUGAAGUCAAUCAAAAGGAAGAAGGCAGAGUCAUCGCAGACUGGGUUAAUCGAAGAGAUUGUUACAGUAAAGCAAGUUCAAUUUCAGAAACAGGAUCAUGAUAGUUGUGAGAAAAAAUCUGAAGACAAGCAGGUCAACUUCAGUAAAGAGCUUAAAAGCAUUUCACAGAAGCAAAUGAUUAAUAUUGCCGAACAGAAGAAAACUGAAGAAGAUAAACAGAACAUUUUGAAAGAAAUUCAAGAUAACCUCGAAAAGAAAUCCAGAGGAUCCAACCCAGAAAGUAUUGCCCAGAAAUCAAUCAAAGAGAAGGACUCCGAUAGUUCGCAAUCUGGGUUAAAGAAAAAAAAGAAGCAUGACAAAUGCGAAAUGAUUUCAAAAGGAUCCAAGCCAGAAAACAAAGCUUUGAAGUCAAUCAAAAGGAAGAAGGCAGAGGCAUCGCAGACUGGGUUAAUCGAAGAGAUUUUUACAGUAAAGCAAGUCCAAUUUCAGAAACAGGAUCAUGAUAGUUGUGAGAAGAAAUCUGAAGACAAGCGGGACAACUUCAAGGAAAAUUUAAAAAAAGCAAAGUUCGAAAACAUUGAACAGGAGCCAAUUCAGCAAUCUAUUAAUGACCAAAAGAAAAAUUCUUUGACAUUGCAAGACAUAAUUCAAAACCAGAAUAAAGAAAAUCACAAAAUGUUAAAAGAAAAUCGGGACACUUACGUAAAGAUUUCAAAAGGAUCCAAGCCAGAAAACAAAGCUUUGAAGCCAAUCAAAAUGAAGGCAGAAGCAUCGCUGACUUGGUUCAUCGAAGAGAUUGUUCCAGAAAAGCAAGUCGUUUUUGAGAAACAGAAUCAAGAUACUUGUGGGAAGAAAUCAGAAGACAAGCAGGUCAACUUCAGUGAAAAGUUUAAAAGCAUUUCACAAAAGCAAGUACAGCAAAUGAUUAAUAAUGUCGGACAGAAGAAUACUGAAGAAGAUAAGCAGAACAUUUUGAAUGAAAUUCAAGAUAACCUCGAAAAGAAAUCUAGAGGAUCCAAGCCAGAAAGCAUUGCCCAGAAGUCAAUCAAAGAGAAGGACUCCGAAAGAUCGCAAUCUGGGUUAAGGAAAAAAGAAAAGCAUGUUAAUUGUGAAAAGAUUUCGAAAGGAUCCAAGCGAGUAAACAAAGCCUUGAAGCCAAUCAAAAGGAAGAAGGCAGAGGCAUCGCUGAUUGGGUUAAUCGAAGAGAUUGUUCCAGUAAAGCAAGUCUUUUUUGAGAAACAGAAUCAAGAUUGUUGUGAGAAGAAAUCGGAAGACAAGCAGGACAGCUUCAAGGAAAAUUUAAAAGAAGCAAAGUUCGAAAACAUUGAACAGGAGACAAUUCAGCAAUCCAUUAAUGACCAAAAGAAAAAUUCUUUGACAUUGCAAGACAUAAUUCAAAACCAGAAAAAAGAAAAUCACAAAAUGUUAAAAGAAAAUCGGGACACUUACGUGAAGAUUUCGAAAGGAUCCAAGCCAGGAAAUACAAAUUUGAAGCCAAUCAAAAAAAAGACAGCAGGAGAAGCAUCGCUAACUGGGUUAAUCGAAAAAAUUGUUCCAGUAAAGCAAGUUCAAAACUGGGAUCAAGAUAAUGGUAAAAAUAAAUCAAAAGAAAAAUAUGAAAAUAUUACACAGGAGCUAAUUAACAAAACAACAAAUGGAAAACAGGAAAAAGUUCAGCCAUCGCAAUAUGACUUAAUCGGAAGGAUUGUUCCUAUAAAACCAGUCGCAAUUUGUAAAGAGAUAAAUUGUGAGACAAAUUUGAAACAAUCCAAGCCAGAAAAUACUACGCUGUAUCAGAACUGUGUGAAUAAUAUAAAGCCUGAAGAGAGUUUCAAAGCGCAAAUCUCCAAGAGUCCACUGAACCAAGUCUAUGAUGAUCAGUCAAAGCAAAUUAAUUGCUCGGAGAAAAUUUUAGAAAAGAGUGCGCAGAAACUAAACGAGGAAGUAAAUAAUACACAAGAAAUAAGAGUCGAAACAUCAAAGUCUGGGUUGAUCGGGCGUAUUCUUCCAGUAAUGCAUGUCGUAAUUGAUGAAGAGGAAAACAAGCGGGACAGUUGCACGAAAAAUUCAAAGAGAAAGCGCGAACCAAUUGAAAUGCAGGCAGUCCAACUGGAAAAUAAUGUAAAAAAAGUGAAAACGGUUGAAUCGGAGCUGAAAAAGCUUAAAAUGUCUAAUUUGGUAAAGCCUACACAACUCGUAGCUCCAGGAAAGGUUACAAUUUGCCAGAGUGACACUGGGAUAACAAACAGCAACUAUGAGAAUAAUAUAUCACCACUACACCAGGAAAAUUCAGCAGAGCAAAAUCAACUGCACGGUUCUAUGGAUGAGAUGCUAAACGAACGUUGGCGAAAGAUGAAAGCAAAAGUUGAGAAGAGUGAAAACAAAAUACGCUCCCAGUUCAUGCGAUGUACUGAGUAUGUAUUGAUAAAUGAAGGAAUGGAGGAAUUGACUGAGGAGCCAAUGCAAACUAAGAAGGCUGACGAAAUAAGCCAAACAUCAUUGAUUGGAAAGUUAAAGUCCCUUUUGAAACGUCGCCUGACCUGCCAUUUUUAAAUAGACCAGCUUUUUUUUUAACUUUGAUUUUUUCAAUUGUACAAUGUAAAAGUAAAAUACGUUGACAAUUUGUUUUUGGAUUUGCUCUUUUGCAUUAAAUGAAUAACCAUUACU